GAAAACGGAACGGAACGAAGCGGACGCAGGGCGAAAGAUACAGAUACUUUUCGGGGAAGAGAUACUUCUUCGUAUUCGUGCGUGUUUCGUUUCGUCGAGAGAAAUUGCACAAAUUGACGGAAUUGCACACUAUCGAGCGGAAAAUCGGUUGAGCCAUCGCAGAUCGAAAAGUGCAAUUAGUGUGUGCAAGUGUGUGUGUGCUAGUGUCACCUCAAAGAGAGAUAACGUCAAAAAGUAAAAAAAAAUACAAAAAAAACCUGUGAAAGCAAAACUAAAAUAUGCUUAAACUACGGUUUAACCAAAUUGCCAACUAGCCAAAAUAACCAGCACACCGAAAAUAGCCAACAAAUCAAAAAAAAGGAAGCCACCAGAAAACCCACCCCAAAAAAGACUCUGUUCCACAUAGACCUUCCAAUGGGUCAUCACCUCAGCAAGCCCACUGUACGCGCCAAUAGCCAGGAUAAGAACGAUCUGCCCGCAAGUUCGAGCCCCCGGGAAUCCGUAGCACUAGUAGAGACCAUCGGUCUGGACGAGGAGGCACUGCAGGUGGAAGAGAUCCUCACGGAGACCGCGUCCGCCACAUCGUCGUCGGCGGAAGUGCGUCAGAUCAUAAUUAAAAUUCAGCUGGCCAAAAUGGAGAACGGCAACGUGGGUCAGGUGGAAAACCAUCUGGAGGAGGAGGAGCGGCUGGAAGACGCCGCCUCGCUGUCUGCGGACACGCUAAAUGCAAAUGGGCAUUCGCAUUCGCAAAUUGUGAAUGUGACGCUGGAGGGCGGCAAUGGGGAAGUGGGCGUGGUGACAAAUCGAACUGCUGGCAGUUCAACGGAAGCGCCAAAAACCGAAAGACAGCCCGUGAAUAAUAACAAUUUAGCGGGAAGCGUCGGGGCUGCGAUAAGUACGUUACAAUUGCACGACGGCAACAGCAAUAGCAACAGCAACAUCUGCCCCAGUCCCAGCAGCAACAUCAGGCCCGGCAGCAACACCAACUACCCCGUGGAAGACGACGACGACAAUGACGACUUGGAUGAGUCGCUGCUGCGUCGGCGUCGGAGCCACAGCAACAUCCACGAGAGCCACGAGGCCGAAGUCGUCGAGUAUUGCGAAGUGCUCGAGUCGCUGCCAGUCAGCAAUAUGUUGUCGGCGGGAACGCAACACACUAGCAAGCAAGUUUCCAGAAGCAAUAAUAGCAACAGUUGCUGCCGGAGUCGCAGCAGUAAGACAUUGUCCAUGGGCGCCACCACAUCCACAUCCUCCGCCGGAUCCGCAUCCGCAUCCGCGUCCUCGAAGCGGCGAUGCUGCAAGUGCAAGUGCCGCGAUGCCUUCCGAGGAUUGAGAGACAUGCUGCCGAGCAGCAAUUCAGUGAGCAGCAAGAAGGACGCCGGAGCGGUGGCGACGGUUCCGAGGAAGUCCCGGACGGCGGAUCGCCGCUCCACGCCGCCCACUUUGGGGGCAUCGAGUGGCAGUGGGCAGCAUCGGAUGCAGAGCCAAAGGAAGCGGAAUUCCGUGGCUGUUCCGGAUGCGAGUCAUCACCAUCACCAGGUGAUAAUCCGCAUUACUUCGCCACGCUUUGUGGUUGAGUCGCCCAAUGGUGGUCGGGUCACGGUGGUCACCGAACCAGCCCCCGCCGCCCCGCAGCCUCCCCAGACUCCGCCCCAGCCACGCCCCCUGAUGUCGUCAGGCGCCCCCGCCCCCGGAAUACCAGGAGUAAUGGGCAACCCCGGAAUCGGAAUCGGAGCCCGCAACAUGACCGUGCACUCGCAAAUCGAUUUCAUGCACUGCCUGGUUCCCGAUCUGGAGAAGAUCACGAAUAGCAGCUUCUACUGGGGCAAGAUGGAUCGCUACGAGGCGGAGCACCUGCUCGAGGGCAAGCCGGAGGGCACCUUCCUGCUGCGCGACUCCGCCCAGGAGGAGUUCCUUUUCUCGGUCACAUUCCGCAAGUACGGCAGGUCACUGCACGCCCGCAUUGAGCAGAGCGGUCACAAGUUCAGCUUCGACUGUCAUGAUCCGUGUGUGUUUACGGCGCCCACGGUGACCGGACUUCUGGAGCACUACAAGGACCCCGCCUGCGUAAUGUUCUUCGAGCCCUGCCUGACGAUGCCCCUCCACCGGAGGCAGACCUUCUCCCUGCAGCAGUUGGCCCGCGCCACCAUUGUCUCCAAUACCAGCUACGACGGGAUCAACCAGCUGGAGCUGCCCGGCCGGCUGAAGAGCUACCUCAAGGAGUACCACUACAAGCAGAAGCUGCGCGUCAAGCCCAUCGAUCAGAACACACCGGUGCCGUAUUACGGUGACGUAUAGCGGGAGGAGCAGCAGGUGGGCUUCACCUACUACGAGGAUGUGGAGAGCGGCAGCGAGGUGGACGAGGACGACGACGACGAGGGUGUCAACAUACGGGUCUCCUAUGUGCAGCACGCCGAGGUGGUGGCUCAGCUUCAGCAGGCCACAGGACCAGGAACCUCGAGCAGAUCCUCCAAUCUUCAGGAGCAACUCAGCCGGCUUCCCAAUCGCAUGGUCGCCGCCUUUGGCCGGAUGUCGGCCAAUCUGAAUUGCUACCAGAAGACUGUAUCCACACCAGAGCGCCGCUCCUCCUGAUGGAGGAGCAAACCCAAAACCAAAACUCAACCUGAGACAAUCCCAGUGCAGCGUGUGCCGCCACCAUAAAGUUAAAGAUCAAACGGAAACCAUAAGCUAAAAAAAGCCCCAAACAACAAAAAUCGCUCACUUGCUACAAGACUGUCACGGAUCGAAACACUGAAACGUUUACCAUCUCAAUCUGAGAACAGAAUAUUAUAUAGGAAAGUAAAUUGUAUUGAUCUUUUGACUUGUGACCUUCUUGUUAGUAAGCCAGCGAAAGGUAGAAUCAAAAUCGCAUCUAGCUAAUUGUACUAUAAAAUAGGUAUUAUCACUUAAAAGAAAAACCCUCUCCUACAACCAUAAGCAUUGCAAAGUAUUCUUGUAAUAUUUCGUUGUAUUUAUUUUAAUGUAUGGAAUCUAAAUUAUGUGUAAAUAUGAUCUACAGAAUACAGACUAGUUAGUGUAAAACUCUCAUUAGCCAAA